ACGCGUGUGCCCGUUUCUAACUUUCUUUAUUUGCUUUCUUCUGUCUCCUUUUCUUUCCUAUAAAUACCCACAUUUUCAUACCAGUUUUGACCAAUAUUUCAUCGGACUUUCUUUCAAACCAUAAAAACCAAAACCAAAACCAAAACCAAAAAGAACUCUCUAAUUUCUUUUGUGAUUAUGGCUCAACAAGAUUCCAAUUUGCAGCAACAAUUGUUGGAGAAGGAUGAGGAACAAAGGCUCAAGUACCUUGAGUUUGUCCAAAUAGCGACCAUUCACGCAGUGGUUUGCUUCUCAAACCUUUACGGCUACGCUAAGGACAAGUCUGGUCCUUUAAAGCCUGGGGUUGAGACCGUCGAGGGCACUGUCAAGAACGUUGUUGCUCCUGUUUAUAAUAAGUUCCAUGACGUUCCUAUUGGGCUACUCAAAUUCGUUGAUCGCAAGGUUGAUGAAUCUGUGACUGAGCUGGAUCGCCGUGUGCCACCAACAAUCAAGCAAGUCUCUUCCCAAGCCAUGUCUGCGGCUCAGAAGGCCCCAGUGGUGGCCAGAGCCGUUGCCACCGAGGUUCAACGCGCUAGAGUGGUGGACACUGCCUCGGGAGUUGCUAAAUCAGUGUAUGCAAAGUGCGAGCCAAGGGCCAAGGAGUUGUACGCCAAAUACGAGCCAAAGGCUGAGCAGUGUGCCGUCUCUGCUUGGCGCAAGCUCAACCAACUUCCUCUGUUCCCUAAAGUGGCUGAUGUUAUGGUGCCCACUGCAGCUUAUUGCUCUGAGAAGUACAACCAAACGGUGCUUUCUACAGCAGACAAAGGGUACAAGGUUUCCUCCUACUUGCCUUUGGUUCCAGUUGAGAGGAUUGCUAAGGUUUUUGGGGAGCAGGGUUCUGAAUCAGUGCCAUUGGCUUCCAGCCAUGGUGAAAUUGAUGUUGCUGUUAAUUAAUGUGGCCUUCAUUUUUCUAAUUGGCACAUCUAUCUGAUUUUGCAUUUUUUAUAUUGGUUUUUUUUUUCUUGUUCAUGUUAUACAUCUAGUGUUUUCGUUAGAACCUAAGGAAUCAGAACAUUUUGUGCCAAUUUUUAGAUAUAUGGUUAUAUAUAUAUGUAAGAGACUCGCACCAUCUGGAUUGUUUAUGUGGCCGAGUAUUCGCUCUAUGUAAUUAUAAUUUCUCUCUUCCCUGAGACUGUAUUAGACUAUACUCAUGUCAAGAGAUGUCGUUUGGGUUUAAUUAUCA